AUGGAAGUGGGAGAUAACGCAACCACAGUGACCGAGUUUGUGCUUGUGGGCCUCUCCAGACAGCCGCAUGUGCGUGCUGCCUUGUUCGUCCUCUUCUUAGUCAUGUAUGCCAUCAUCGUAGCAGGAAAUGGUCUCAUUGUGGUGCUGACAUUGGUGGAUUCUCACCUCCACACACCCAUGUAUUUCUUCCUCAGCAACCUCUCCUUCAUCGAUGUCUGCUAUGUCACUACCUCUGUCCCACAGAUGCUGGUACAUUGCUUCACAGACAAGGCCAUUAUACCUCUAGGCAGAUGUUUUGCACAAAUGAGAAUUGGCCUUUUUUUGGGAGUGGCUGAGUGCCUCUUGCUAGCUGUCAUGGCUUAUGACCGUUUUGUGGCCAUAUGCACCCCACUACAUUAUAACUUAAUCAUGACCCAGAAGGUGUGCAUCAUCCUGGCAGUCAGCCUAUGGCUCAGCUCUUUCCUCUUGACCAUUAUAUACUUUUAUAGCAUGCCGGCACGCUUGUGUGGCCAUAAUGUGAUGAAUCAUUUUGUAUGUGAGGUCCGAGCAAUGUUGAAAUUGUUUUGCACUGACACUCACACCAGUGGGCUUAACAUACUGGUAACGAGUGUCUUCACACUUCUUUUCCCCUUUGCCUUCAUCCUGCUGACUUAUGGGCGCAUUGGUCUGGCUGUCCUGCGUAUCCGAUCAGCCCAAGGCCGGGGCAAAGCUUUAUCCACCUGUGGGUCACAUCUGAUCGUAGUGAGCAUUUUUUAUGGCACUGCCUUGGCUGGAUACCUGAAGCCUCAGGCCAAGACUUUCACAGACAGGGACAAAAUAGUGGGUAUCUUUUAUGGGAUCGUGAUCCCGAUGCUCAACCCCUUGAUCUACAGUCUGAGGAAUAGGGAUGUGAAGGGAGCCUUAUGGAGGCUGAUUGGGAGGAAAGUAGAGAAGUAG